AUGACAUCUACUAAACCUGCAACGUCGUCACAAAAGAAUUACGACACGGUAACAUUGAAAACUUUGACGGCAUAUCAGCUACUAUCGCAGAGAGAAAAUAUGUGUGAGUUAUUCCAUUUGGUGGAUGAAUCAGAAAGGCAAAGGUCGAAUAAUACAGAGAUGUUGAGUGACUUAAAGAAAAGGUUGGAAGCAGCAAAGAACGAGAAUAAAUAG